AAUCUUGUCAGUGGUGUAUGGCUGGUCGGUCAAAGAGCGCCACCUCUCGCUUGUCCAUAUAUUCCACCCCUCCACUGCUCCCCUUGACCGUCUCCUUCACAGUUGGCUCGCAGGCAGACGCAGCUGAAUCCCAACUGAGCUGGCCGCUGUCCUUGCUCCGAAAAAGACAAGAGCAACCUUGCAAUGAUCUCGCUGGACUUGAAUUUCAACAUUCUGACAAGGGACCUUUCACAUUAUUUGGAAAAUCAAGUGAAAGUUGGGCUGUUCGGUUCGGGAGUGGGGUUGUCUCUGGUACUCGGCUUCAGCGCAGCUUACACCUGCUAUUAUUUAAUUUCGGUAGCCAAGAAACCUCAACUUAUUUCUGGCGGUAAGAAGUUCUACCAGUUUCUAAAGGAGCAAUGUCCAGUCGUGUCAGAGACUUACUACCCCACAUUUUGGUGCUGGGAGAGUCGCAUUCAAACUCUGCUGAGACCUUUUGUUACAGCCAAACCUGGUGUUGUCUAUAGAAACGAGCUAAUCAAGGCAGCAGAUGGAGGACAGAUAUCUGUGGAUUGGUUUGACAACGAUGACAGCCUCUUUUAUCCUGACCCCACCACCAGGCCCACAGUCCUGCUUCUUCCCGGCCUGACCGGCACCAGUCGAGAAUCCUACAUCUUGCACAUGGUCCAGCAGAGCCGGGAUCUAGGUUAUAGAUGUGUGGUAUUCAACAACAGAGGGGUUUCUGGUGAAACACUGCUGACCCCGAGGACCUACUGCGCUGCUAACACAGAAGAUCUGGAGACUGUUAUUGAUCACAUCCAGAAAACCUAUGAAGUGGCUCCAAUGAUGGCUGCUGGUGUAUCCAUGGGAGGGAUGAUGCUGGCCAACUAUUUGGGUCGUAAGGGCCGGAAAACCUGCCUGAAAGGGGUCAUAGUCUUCUCAGCAGGCUGGGAUGUGUUUGAGUGCACCGCAUCACUGGAAAAACCCCUAGACCGUUUCCUCUUCAACUCCUACCUCACCAGCUGCCUACAAGCUUCUGUGCACAGACACAGACCGGUGCUUGAAAAGUGCUACGACAUUGACCAUGUCAUGAAGGCAAAGACUAUCCGAGAGUUUGAUGAGAGGUUCACCUCCAUCAUGUUCGGAUAUCCUACUAACGACGACUACUACCGCGAUGCCAGUCCUGUGCACAAGCUGAAAUCUGUGCAGGUGCCAAUGCUGUGUCUGAACGCUGCUGAUGACGUCUUUUCUCCAUCACACGCCAUUCCAGUGGAUGCAGUGAAGCAGAACCCUAACUUGGCCUUGCUUAUAACCUGCCAUGGAGGCCACAUUGGCUUCCUGGAGGGUCUGUGGCCACGACAGAGCACUUAUAUGGACCGAGUCUUCAAGCAGUUCGCAAAGGCCGUCAUUGAAGAAGGCGGCCGACUUAAAGACCUCUCCUGAUAAGACAAUUUAGAGUGGUCCUCUCGUUUUAUCAUUGUCCUCCAUGUUUUUUCCACUACGUUCCAUCGUUUUCUUCUUCCAUUUUCACCCUUUUUAUUGUUCAUUCCCAGCUCUCUAUAAUUCCUUCCUUCCUUAACACCAAAUGUUAUUCAUCUUUAUUUUUGUAUGCUUCCUUGCCUUGUCUUGAUGCUAUCUUUGCCUUACAUUGAUUUGUUCUAUUCCUCCCACUGCCACAAGCAAAAAAAAAAAAAAACAACAUAAUUUUUUCUUAUUUAAAGGGCAUAUUAUUAAAUGCAGUACUUCUGCUGCAUUUGACAUUCAGAUCAUUUUUAGGCGUAGCUGCUCAUGUCAGUGCUGAAAAGAUUUAAUAUUUCUUAUAUUGCUCAACCUAAGAAUAUGGUGGUAACCCUGUGCUAUUUAUUUUUUUGCCCAUCAAGUUAACUCUAGUACUGUUUCACUUAUGUAACCUUACGUAGUUUUUAGCACUUACAUCAGUAGGAUUGUAGCCCUCAGGGAUUUUAUUUAUUUUUCUGUCUCAUUCCAACCGUUUCUUGUGAAAUGUCAUUUUUAUCAACAUGUUCUCCUUUGUUUUGCAUCGUACUCCACCUUUUAAAAGUAGAUGUUAAUUAGCUGUUAACAGAACAUAAUGUUGUUUCUUUUGAGUUCUAACUGGAGGCGUGUAUUAUGCUUGUGUGCUUUCUUUCAGAGAGGUCAGAAAGUUGAUUCCAUGUCCUAUUAAAUGUGAAGUUGCUGUUGGGAGACAUUUAGCUAUGAGGACUGAAAGCAUCAACGUUAGUUCAGAAAAAAAACAGUUUUUUUUUUUUUAUGAGAGUUAAAAUAAAUUUUAAAAAAAUUGUUUUUCUAAAUAUAUCCUGUGACUCCACCUGUUUUAUCUCGGUCCAUGCACAUUCAUUUCUUUGUGGGGUUUUUUCUUAAUAUUUUGGCAUAUUAGAACUAUAUAUAAACUGAAGGGUACAGAUUGUUCUGGAAAAAGUCCAAAAGCUAAAAAUGUUUUUAAUUGAUACAAUUUUGGAGCCAUUUCUGUACCUUGAUCUUUCUAUUCCGUUCCUUUUUUUGUUUGUUUGUUUUUUAGGUUCUGUUACACGUUUUCUGUAAAGAUUAUGAUAAAAGACACAUGUUUAAACCCAAAGAGACCAAGGAGAGUUAACCCUUUGCUUUCAGUUUGCAGGCUAAUUGACAGCUGGCUGUAGCUUCACAUUUAAAAAAAAAAAAACAUGCAGUGUACCUCUGACAAUGACAAUCUACUGAUGUGAUUUUGUUUCAUCUGUGGAUAUUCUACAUGCACUUUUAUUUCAAGUUUUUUUAGUUUCACGCACACCAAAUAGUUUUACAAAUGGAGAAUAUGGAGAAAAUUUGAUCCAUGAUGCGGAAUGUAAAGUUGCAGUAUUUAGUUGGUACUAUCAUGCCUCUAACUGUCUAACGUAAGGCACUUAUUUCAUCAGAGCCAUGACAGUGAAAAUCCUAAAGGCUCAACAGAGCAGAGUGCGAAUGCCAUGAAGUUUAUUUUGUGAAAAUGGUUAUUUCUGUGACUCUACGGACGCUUUAUACAGCCUGAGUUAAAUGAAGUAAAAUGUGAGGAUGUGGUUUUCACAUUGGCUGUCUGAAGUGGUGUUUGCUGCUUUACAGCAUGUGUAGCUUGUAUUGUUUCCAGUCAUUUUUGCCCCACUUUGCCAACAAUGAUCAACGGACUGGCUGCCAUUAAUGAGUUGGCAUGGGGGAACUGAACAAUUAUGACUAGAGGCCAGAAUUUCAGUAAGAAAAUGCAUGAAAACAAAUUGACUACAAAAUUCCAGUUGAAUUUUACUCUUCAGUUGUUUGGCAAAAUUAGCACGUGUUUCUUCAUCAUCACGUCCUGUAACUGUAGCAUUGAAGGCAAGUUUGUUUUUUUCUUUUUCAUUUAUGCUGCAUUUGAUUUUGUACGGCACACAACAGACAUCAAGAAAACACUUGUUUAAACUGUGCAGCAAUAAGAUUUUAAAUAUAAAAUCUGCCUAUAGCAUAAGUACUACUGUAUCGACAUGAUCAUCAUUAGUGUAUUAUGCUGUAUUUAUUGAAUUAUUAAACAAAGUCUAGGUCGA